AGAGUGGCACAAGCAAUGGAGGGACCAACCCCAGAGCCUGUGUAUGUUGAUGUGGACAAGGGACUGACAUUAGCAUGUUUUGUCUUCCUCUGCCUCUUCUUGAUUGUGAUGAUUAUUCGCUGUGCAAAAGUCAUCAUGGACCCUUACAGUGCCAUCCCUACAUCUACAUGGGAAGAGCAACAUCUAGAUGACUGAAAGAACACCGCUAGACAGAGCCAUAAAAUGCUAUGAUCCAGGAGGCCUUCUCCCACUGGGAAGGCUAACACACAAACAGCCAUUUUCAGAUAUGCAAGGCAACGGCAACGUCUCUAAGAGCACACAGUGUAGAUGAUUCUUGCUCAACAGAUCAGGAUAUCACAAGCCAGUCAGGCAGCACAGUUUAAUACUAUGCAGCAACUCUUAUUUUACUGAAAACAGUUAUGACUGUAACUCAAGUAGCACAAGACUCUCCAGACUUUUCCUAACAUAUCUCUUGGUCUGGCACAGUUUGUCCUGUCCUCAAUAUCUCCUACAAAUCCCGAGUAGCCAUCAGAGUUUGGAAACGCAACGAGAACUUUCUGUCUUUCCUGGAAAUAGAUUGCUUCAAAUAUCUUCCUCAGUCAUUAUAUCUGUGUUUUGAAAAAGGCACAGAUUUUAUAAUUUUGUAUCCCAGAGCAUCACUAAGCAGAAGCACUAAAGCACCCCUGGUUAAGUAGGGUUAUAUGGGCAGAUUUAUUCUCGACUCACUUGGUUCUGCACGUACAUUCCCUACCACACUGCAGUCAUAUUUCUGGUGAUCGGGAUACAGAAGCACUGAGACUACAGUACCCAAGGGGGUCAUGGACUACUGUUGACGCUGUAGCACCACCUCACUCUAUCCUAAUCAUGCAAACACUAGGCAUUUUAUCACCUGCCAUAGGUCCAUGGAUUAGCCAGAUGUGUCAGACCACUUACGAUGAGCUUGGUAGCAACCAGAGGUCCA